AUGGAUUCGGAACUUCUGACGGGUUUUCCACUGCUGACCCAACAAUUCAAAGCCCUUUUGAAGAAGAAUUUUCUACUUUCAUGGAGGAGCAAAAGGGCUACAUUUCCUUACUUGUUCUCCUCCCUUUUGUUCAUUCUGUUGCUGUUUUGCAUCCAGAAAGCCAUUGACGCUCAGUCUUCCAGCACCACCAUGAACAAUUUCGGUCAGAAAACUUCGCCUCCGAUUCCUCCAUGUGAGGACAAGUACUAUGUUGUGCUGCCCUGUUUCGAUUUUCUUUGGAGUGGGAAUGAGAGCCAAAUUGUUUCUCGGAUUGUGCAAAGGAUUAUGGACAAUAAUCCCGGGCGACCAAUUCCGUCUUCCAAGGUUCAAUCAUUUAAAACAAAGGAGGAAGUAGAUGAAUGGCUUCUGGAUCAUCCCAUGUGUUGCAAUGGAGCUUUGCAUUUCAGAGUUAUAAAUUCUACUGUAAUCAGUUAUGGUCUUCAGACAAACAUCACUCAAUCUGCUAAACGAGGAGUGUACGAAGAUUCAACAUUCAAGUUCCAGAUUCCAUUUCAGAUUGCCGUGGAGCGCGAAAUUUCAAGAUAUCUCAUUGGAGAUUCAAACUUUACUUGGGAGGUAAGCUUUAAGGAGUUUCCACACCCUCCAGACAAAUUGAUAUCCUCUAUGUCCACAGUUGGAUCAACUUUUUUCCUUGCAGUAGCCAUGUUUGGCUUUAUCUUUCAAAUCAACGCCCUGGUGAUCGAGAAAGAACUCAAACUCCGUCAGGCCAUGACAAUGAUGGGUCUUUACGAUAGUGUCUACUGGUUAUCUUGGAUUACAUGGGAGGCCAUUCUCACUCUUGUUUCAUGCUUGCUGACAGUUCUUUUUGGAAUGGCUUUACAAUUUGACUUCUUCCUGAACAACAACUUUUGGGUGAUUGGGUUUGCCAUCCUCUUAUCAACAUUCAUUCAUAGGACAUCUACAUCUACAACUUUAGGAUACUGCAUUUUUGUUUUUGGUGCAGUAACUCAGGGUGUUAUAGCAUUUGGAUUUCCUUACACACAAAGCUAUCCAAAUUACUACCGUAUUAUAUGGUCUUUGUUUCCACCAAAUCCUUUCGCUCAAGGCCUUCAAUUACUUUCUGAUGCAACGGCAAUGCCAGAAGAUCCUGGAAUCAGUUGGAAUAGGAUAUCCGAAUGUGUUCCAUUAGAUCCAGCUUGCGUGAUAACAAUUAAUGAUAUAUACAAGUGGCUUCUAGCAACAUCCCUCUUAUGGUUGAUAUUAGCUAUCUACUUCGACAAAAUCGUGCCCAAUUCAAAUGGUGUGAGGCAAUCGCUAUUUUAUUUCUUGAAUCCUUGGUAUUGGAUGGGAGGAGUAGCUGAUGAAGACUUCUGUAAUGUAGAGGGUAGAAUAUGUCCGCGCACAAGUUCAAGCAUUCUUUCGAGCAGUACAACACCAGACGAUGAGGAUGUUCUGGAAGAGGAAAACACUGUCAAGGAGCAGGCUGCAGAAGGACUAUUUGAUUCAAAUAUUGCUGUCCAGAUACGCGGUCUUGUGAAGACAUAUCCUGGUAGGAGAAGAACCAUUUGCUGCUUUUGCAAAAGUUAUUCACCUUACCAUGCGCUUAAGGGUUUGUGGAUCAACUUUCCAAAAGGUCAGCUGUUUAGUCUACUCGGACCUAAUGGCGCAGGAAAAACAACUGCAAUUAGUUGCUUGACUGGUAUAACACCGGUGACUGCUGGAGAUGCACUGGUACAUGGAUAUUCUGUCAAAAGCACCAAAGGCAUGUCUAAAAUUCGGAGGAUGACUGGAGUUUGUCCUCAGUUUGAUAUUCUUUGGGACUCAUUGUCCGGCAAUGAGCAUCUUCAUCUUUUUGCGAGUAUCAAAGGCCUUCACACCUCGUCAAUUAAAAAAACUGUGAAAAGGUCUUUAGCAGAAGUGAAACUAACAGAGGCAGCUAGGGUGAGAGUUAGUAGCUAUAGUGGAGGAAUGAAACGAAGACUAAGUAUCGCUAUUGCCCUUAUUGGCGAACCAAAGUUGAUUAUUCUAGACGAACCAACAACUGGUAUGGAUCCAAUAACUCGAAGACUGGUUUGGGACAUAAUUGAAAAUGCGAAGAAGGAGCGUGCUAUUAUUUUGACUACUCAUUCAAUGGAGGAAGCUGAUGCAUUAAGUGAUCGGAUUGGAAUUUUGGCAAAAGGAAAGCUUCAAUGCAUUGGGACUCCAAUAAGGUUGAAAUCAAAGUUUGGAGCUGGUUUUGUUACUACCAUAAGAUUUUCAAAUUCUAAUGAAACUCCGACCAGAGAAGAGUACACCAUUUGUCCAAGACAAGUAGAAGCGGUGAAAAGCUUCUUUAAAGAUCGGUUGGAUGUGGUACCUAAGGAGGAGGGCCUGGAAUUUCUAACCUUUGUCAUUCCACAUGACAGGGAGAGCCAUCUGGCGAAAUUCUAUGCCGAGCUUCAAGAAAGAGAGGGCGAAUUCAGAAUCUCAGACAUCCAGCUAGGCCUUACAACUCUUGAAGAAGUUUUUUUGAAUAUUGCCAAGAAAGCAGAACAGGAAGCCACCAUGCUUGAAGAGAGAUUUGAGACUCUGACUUAA